ACUAAUUCUUCACUAUGAUUUUGUUAGUCACUGUCCCUGAUGGCUCAUCACUGAACCUAGAGCCAGAAGACGGACCACUUUGCAGGGUCUGGUCCUUCUUCAGAUCAAAGGUUUCAGGGUUUGCGAAGAAAAUAUGGAAGCUUGGAGCUGAUGAUCCAAGAAAGUUCAUCCAUAGUAUAAAAGUUGGCCUUGCACUUGCUCUUGUGUCUGUAUUUUACUACAUGAGACCCUUGUAUGAUGGCGUUGGAGGAACUGCAAUGUGGGCGAUCAUGACUGUUGUCGUCAUUUUUGAGUUCACAGUCGGAGGAUCCCUAUACAAAGGGUUGAACCGAGCCACUGCAACACUUAGUGCGGCAUUUCUAGCAUGGAGUAUUCAUUGGCUGGCUAGUAAAUUUGGAGAACCAACGGAGCAUAUAAUCCUUGGAGCCUCAGUCUUCAUACUAUCAUCAGCUGCAACAUUUUCUCGAUUUAUACUGACGGUCAAAACAAAGUUCGAUUAUGGAGUCACAAUAUUCAUCCUCACUUUCAAUUUCAUCGCUGUAUCUGGAUAUCGUGUUGAUGAUCUUCUUGCAUUGGCGCAAAGACGUCUUUUUACUAUUAUGAUCGGAGUCUCCAUAUGCAUUAUUGUUUCUAUUGUAGUUUUCCCAGUUUGGGCUGGAGAGGAUCUCCACCUUCUCAUCAUCCGCAAUAUGGAAAAGCUCGCUAAUUCCUUAGAAUACUCAGCGACUGAAUACUUCAAGGAAGGUGAGAAUGCUGAUGCCCACAAAUCAUUCUACCAAAAAUCGCAAGGCUACAAGUGUGUUCUUAAUUCUAAAGCAUCUGAAGAUUCACUGGCAAAUUUAGCGAUAUGGGAGCCCUCACACGGGCCAUUUAGGAUCGGGCACCCAUGGAAACAAUAUCUAAAAGUUGGCUCAGCAAUGAGAAGUUGCAGUUACAGUAUAGAAGCUCUCAAUAGUUUCAUCAAUUCAGAAGUUCAGGUACCUCGAUCCUUAAAGAAUCAUCUUAGUGAUGUAUGUACUAAAUUGAGCUUAGAGUAUCACAAGGUUUUGAAAGAAGCAGCAAAGUUUCUAAGGACAAUGAGGAAGUCCUCGACGAUAGAGUUAAUGAUGGCAGAGAUGAAUGAAGCAGUGGAAGAUGUUCACAGUGUAUUGAGAAGCCUAAAACCAGCUGCAGAAGAGGAACAAAAACAGCAUAUGUUGGCAACAGAAAGUGUAAAUAUGAUGAAAGUCUUGCCUCUAAUCUCAGUCGUAUCUCUAUUGAUCGAGAUUUCAGUAAAGAUUGAAGGGAUAGUUGAUGCAGUCCAGGACUUGGCAGAUCUUGCAGGUUUUGCAGCUGAUGACAAUGAGAAGCAAGAGGAGAUUAAGCCAGCAAAUUCUGAAGAAACACAGAGAAAUGAAACAAUGAAAGUAAUUCAGCAAGUUUGAAUACCUAUCUUUUGAAAUAUUUGUCGUUUGUUUCACAAAUCGAUGCAGGUUCUGAUCUAUUUUCUGUAAAACAAAGUGUUAAGUUAAAUAUUGGGUAUUGGGUUAAUAGGCUGUUACCCGUUAACCUUAAUCCUAUUUGUAUGUCUAUAUAUAUCUCUCUUGUUAUUCUCAAUAAACUAUUAGGGUUUUCUCUAUUCUCUACAUGGUAUCAGAGCAUGAAACCCUAGCCGUCACAAAUCUUCAUUCAAAAA